UUGUACGUUCUGUGGGACGUCAAGCAAUGCGGAAGAGGGGAAACCUCAAUCUGCACGCCACAGAUGAGCACUGAGACAAAAUUCAUAGGAUUUCAUUAUCGACUUCAUCUGGUGAAAUUCUAACCCUGUAAGCAGCCUGCUUCUUCUUCUUCUGAAGACAGUACCUAGCAAUUCGAGAAUCUUGCUGUCAAGGGCAAGGAGCAGUAGAGGAAGAUGCUGAAAGGGCUGUCGGUGUCUGACGGUGAUGGCUGUUUGUUCGCUCCACUGUUGGUGUUGGAGCUGUCUUCUGAUACUAAGGAUGAGGCCAUCUCAUGGCUGCUGACCAGAAUCAGGGACAAGCAGCAAAAUGGAGGGGCAGAAUUGCUGGUGCAGCAGCUAUGUCCGAGUGGCGACGGGGAUGAGAAGGACAAUCCCAAUGUGUACCUGGUGGGAGCGCUGUUGUCACGACUGCUGUCUGGGGCUGAGGAUGUGGGCCUGUUCAAAGAGUUCAACGACGGCUCCAUGAGAGGCUUCACUUGUGCAAACAAAUACAACUUCACAGACUUUCAAGGUGAUGGAGACGGCUUCCUCAGCAUGGCAGAGUGCCAGUACAUUGUCAAGCAUGAGCUGGAUACCCUGAGAGCCAAGGAGGAGACCCAUGUACCAGGCUAUCCUAAGAUGAAACUCUACCCUGGAAAGUGUCUCAUCCGCAGACUGCAGUCUAAGGGAGUUCUGGUCCAGGUUUUUCCCCUCCAUGACAAGGAGGAACUGAAGAGGCUCUCGUUCACCUGGUACAGAAAGAUCAAGCUGUCCUUUCAACCACUUGAUGACAUCAGACACUAUUUCGGCGAAGGCCUGGCUCUGUACUUUAGUUUCUUGGAGUACUUCACCCUGGCUCUUUUACCAAUGGCCUUGAUCGGCAUCCCCUACUACCUGUUUGACUGGGAGGACUACGACAAGUAUGUGGUGUUUGCCGUCUUCAAUCUGGUGUGGUGCACCGUGCUGCUGGAGCUGUGGAAGCGCUGCAGCGCCUCGCUGGCAUAUGGCUGGGGCACCCUAAGCAGGAAGAAAGCCUUCGAGGAGCCCCGGCCAGGCUUCCACGGCCCGCUGGGCUUCAACCCGGUGACUGGUCGCGAGGAGCCGCUGUACCCCAACACUAAGCGUCUGCUGAGGAUCUACCUGGUGUCGCUGCCUUUUGUGCUGCUCUGUCUAUAUAUGUCGCUCUACGUCAUGAUGAUCUACUUCCAGAUGGAGGGCUGGGCCCUCGGAUUCCACGACCACAACCCGGGGUUCUGGAGCGGCGUGCUACUGUUUGUCCCCAGCGUCAUCUACGCUGUGGUCAUCGAAAUCAUGAAUCUGCUGUACCGCUACGUCGCCGAGUACCUCACGGAGUGGGAAAACCACAGACUGGAAUCGUCAUAUCAAAAUCAUCUGGUCCUUAAAGUGUUGGUGUUCAACUUCUUCAACUGUUUCGCCUCGCUGUUCUACAUAGCCUUUGCGAUGCAGGACAUGGUGCUACUCAGACAGAGUCUGGCCACUCUCCUGAUCACAUCCCAGAUCCUCAACCAGAUCAUGGAGGCUUUCCUGCCCUACUGGCUCCAGAGGAGGCGUAAUAAGAAGAUGCAGCACCGGGUGAAGAAGAGGACCUUGGUGGAGCAGGAGCUGCCACUGGCCGAACAGGUCAAACUGGAGGCCGACAUGAGCACCUACCUGGGGACGUUCGACGACUACUUGGAGCUGUUCCUCCUGUUUGGCUACGUCAGCCUGUUCUCCUGCGUGUACCCGCUGGCCGCAGUGCUCGUGGUGCUCAACAAUGCCACGGAGGUCUAUUCCGACGCCUUUAAGAUGUGCCAGGUGUUCAAACGGCCAUUCUCCGACCCUGCCUCAAACAUAGGAGUCUGGCAGCUUGCCUUUGAGGCGAUGAGCGUGAUCGCCGUAGUGACCAACUGCACCCUGAUCGGCAUGUCCUCGCAGGUCAAGGCUUACUUCCCCGACUCUGAUGCUCAGCUCAUACUCUGGGUGGUGGCCAUCGAGAUGGUCAGUAAACAGGACAAAGGAAACAUGAAGAGGCAUUCCCUCCUCGCCCUCAAGUUCAUCCUGACAUUUGUCAUUCCUGAUGUCCCCAAGCACAUCCAGAUCAAACUUUCCAGGCUGGAGUUUGAAUCUCUGGAGGCCCUCAAGAAAAAGAAAAUGCUGGAAGCCACGGGGAUCACAAAGACAGUCCAGUGAGGAGGAGAAGAGAGGCCGCCACGUCAGAUACUGACUAGGCGAGGACAUGCUGCUGUCCUGGGGACUGCCACAACUAGUUUACACCACUGCUAACUGAAGAGGGGGUACUGAAGGGGGGCUGGUUGGUAAAUAAUUACUGUUGUAAAAGCAUAGCUACAAACCAAAUGAUUAAGUUGGCUUUUGUAUAUCAUUAAAUGUAGGGCCUAUGAGUGUAUGGAUGGGUAUUACUGUAAUUAUUAAUGGUUGCAAACUGUAUAGUUAUAUAAAUCAACUCUGUAAUGUCCUACCUAUGGAGGAAUAGCAGAGUUGGCUGCAUAUGUGGUAUGGGGGUGAACUUCUUAGCAUAAGUAUUGUAUCUUCAUUUGAAUUUGGCUAAUCUCACAUUGGUUAAGUGUGGCCUAAUAGGUGUUUUCUUAUCUCACACAUUACUGUCGCUAUGUGGUCGGUCCUAGGGCCUUCAUAGGAAUAUUAGUCAGUAUUCCAAACCCAGAUAACUUGAUCAUGAUACAUUCACGACUGUUGACAUAUUAGCUUACCAGAAACUGAAAUCACUUUUAUAGUUCUCACAAACUGCUGCAGCAUGUAUGCUGAAUUGGUUUUGAAUUUGGGGUUGAAAUUAGCCUCUGGUAUUGCACUCAUGUCAUGCACUCAUUGAGAAUCCAAUGGAAUCUUGAAAUACUUAAAAUCAAAAGAGUAGCAUGUAAGAUAAGUGAUCAGCUUUAUGUGAUGGUCCAGUAUGGUAUUCAAAUUGAAGCCGCACCUACAGUACAAGUGACAUUGGAUUUAUUUUAUUUCAAAGAUGGCUAUCAAAUUGUUUGCAUAGUUUGUGCAUUUUGUUUUGUAAGUUAUUUGGAAACUUAGACCAUGUCCUCAUUAAAACAGUGCCUUUUAAUGUGA